AUGACCUCCGAGGAAGAGUACUCGUCGUCGUCGGGCUACGACACCGACGAGACCACGUCAUCCGAGGAAACGGAUAGUGGGGACGACAAUGGGCCGGUCGCUGGCCCUUCUAGUGCUCCUCCUACAAUAGAGGGUGAGAUAGAGGGUGAUUUCGACCGACUGAUUCAAAGCAUCCGCAUUGGGGACGCAGACGCCAGCUCUUCCCUUCUUACGAAGGACUGGGAUCUACAUGCCGACGAGCAGGAUGCUCAAUUCCACGACGACUUGCGCGCUGCAUCUGGUAUCGGGAAAAGGCGAGGAGCGAAGAAACGCGGGAGGAGGAGGACAGGUCCGGUAUUAUCCUUACAGGUUAAGGCCAUGAUCGGCGAGGGCAAUCAAGCGUAUAUCGACGGAGACACAGCAAAAGCUAUUCAAAUCAUGCAAGAGGUCAUUCGUAUUGAACCUCGUGCUGCGUCUGCAUGGAGCGUCCUAGCGAACUGCCUCACAGAUCUCGGGCAAGCGGAUAAGGCACUUCAGACGCGCAUCAUGGGUGCCCAUCUACAUCAUGACGCAGAAGAGUGGGAGCUUCUAGCCAAUGAGAGUCGAGAGCGUGACUUCAAGCAGCAGUCGCUAUAUUGUCUAGGGAAAGUGUGCAGCCUCGAUGGUGAGAGGCUCAACGCGUUCUGGGAUCGCGCGUUCUUAGCCAAAGAACUCGACCAACCCCGCAUCGCGAGGAAUUCAUUCUUGGCUAUACUGAAGCACAGACCGCACGAUCUCACGGUCCUCGAAGAACUGCGUACCCUCCUCAUCGACUCCGGCGAGCUCGCGCUAUGCGCGGAGCUCUUCUCCGAAGCUUUCGGGCAUCACAUGAAGAUCUUCCCAGCCGGCGUAGACAGACCCACAAACCUUGAAGGCGGUGGUUUCGGCAUCAUGGAGCUCUUGGCGCUCGCCGACAUGCUGAACACGAUGGGCCAGUACGAGCAGGCUAUACAUACCAUCAGACGAGGCGUACGCUGGUUACAAGGACGUGCCGCGGAUAUAUUCUGGGAUGAAACAAAGGACGAUAGAGAGUACGAUCUCCCACCAGGUCGACCUGACCGACCCGGGGAACGCAAGGCCGGUCUGUGGGAACUCAAUAUAAAUGCCCGCCAGCGUCUCGCCAUCGCCCGUAUCAAGCUGCGCGACUUCGAGGAGGGCGCUAUCCAUGCCUCCAUCGUACUUCGUGAAGACCCGGUUGAAUAUGCACCUCUCUUCGCCGAGAUCGCCGAUGCGUACUUUGAGUGCGAGCGAUAUGAGGAGGCGAAGCCUAUCUAUGAGACACUUACGAAUGACGCGAGUACGGCGGUGCACAUGCUCGUACAAGUUGCGAAGUGUCACCAUAUGCUUGGUGAGCUGCAAGAAGCGGCUGAGGUCUACGAGACGGUCGUGGCGGCAGAUCCGACGAGUAACGCGGCGAAGAUGCGAUUGGCGGAGAUCUACGAGGUGUCGGGCGAACCACGCAAAGCGCUAGAUCUUGUCUAUCAAGUGAUUGACAGUCGCAAACGUAGACGACGGGCAGACGGGUCUGCGAGGGAUGCCUCGGAGAUGGACGAAGGCACCACUGAAGCCGAAGGUGGCUCUUCGCUUUUCCGCGAACGCGAAGCACGCCGCUCUGCACGUACGGCGAAGAAGUCGAUGACUCCCGCCCAACUUCUCAAGCUGGAGAAUGAGCGCAAAGAGCAGGCUCUGGGGUGGUAUAAGCGUAUUCGCGAGCUAUGGCCCGCGAUGAUGAGCGGACAAGAGGAGGCCGAGCGCGAAUGGCUACUCGAGACGGAGAAGCUCGUUGAGAUGUUCAGGAGUACGAGAGACAUGUUCACGACUGGAAAGGUGUUUCGAGGGAUGGCAGGGCAGAGAAGGGGGACAAGGAGGAAGAAGAUGGCAUCUGACGAUGAGGCUGAGGAGGAUGAUAUGGCAUCUAGGCUCCAAGCUGAUCUCGACCAGGACAAAGCUAGCCAGCGAGUACUGAAAGAUGUCGAGGAGCUAACGGAGUUCAGAGGCAUAUCCUUCGACGACUGGCUGCGUCUCAUCAUGCAGUAUGCGUUUGUCCUGACAAAGCAAGGUCAAUGGGAGCUGGCGAACGAGGUCCUCGGUCAUACUCUAUACUCGAAGAUCAUCCGCGGCGACAUGCGGGAUACAAUCCGUUUAGCCAUCAUGGCGUGCGCGGCAUACUCAAAGCACUUCACCACAGUACUGGAGCAAUCUCGUCGCUUGAUUUACUCCCACCAAUUCAACAACGAACCACUACGGUUGCUAUGCGCAUCUCUCGCCUCCGGUCUCCAUGCGACGGACGUCUUCAUCGUCAGUACGCUUCAGAAGGCGUUACUGCGUGAGAUCAAGCUAUCAGAUGCUGCGGUGCACUCUCGCGACAAAGUGAAGUUUCACGCUGCAAACAAGCGCUGGGGUGUAUCCCUCGGUAAAGGCAACAGGGGAGACGCAGACGACAAAGACGAAGAGGCUGACGAUGGCGUUGGUGAUGCCAAAGGUGAUGCAUCUGAGCUACCGACCAAAAAUAACCCACUCCUUGUCACCAUCUACGGCCAGAUCUCACUCGCUGCGAAGAGCUACCAGAGCGCACUGUUCUACCUUUUGCAUGCGUAUGACUAUUGUCCGGAUGAUCCUGUGGUCAACCUCUGCCUUGCUGUGGCAUCGAUGGGCCGCGCUAUGCAGCGACAGGCGGAUAACCGGCAUCACCUCAUAGCACAGGCCAUGGCUUUCUUGACGCAUUACCGCGAACUCCGGGCCGGGGAUCCUGAUGGCCUGCAAGAGGUCGAGUUCAACUUCGGCCGUGCUUUCCAGACGCUAGGCCUCAAUUCGCAUGCGGUCAAGCAUUACGAGCGGGUACUCGAGCUUGCUGAAGCUAGGACACGGAUAAAUCCGCAGGAUGUUGGGUUAGCGAAGGAGACCGCGUACAACCUAUCGAUAAUCUACGUGACCACCGGCGCAGCCCCGCUCGCAGAGGCUCUCUAUCGCCGUUGGCUAAGUAUAUGA